AUGGACUCGGCGCCAGCCUUCGCCAUGGACAAGCCGUUCGCCCCCAGCGCCGCACGGGGCCCCGAGCCGCCCGAAAACCCCCAAAGUCGGAAAAACUUCAGCGUCAGCCACCUCCUUGACCUGGAGGAGGUGGCGGCCGGGAUGAACGGGACCCCCCCGGCCGGUCCUCCACCCGCCGGUACCGGUAAGGCCGUACCGGAGCCGUCGGGAGGCAGCAGCGGCAGCGAGGCAGCGCCCCAGGACGGUGAGAGCCUGAGCCCCAGCCGGGGGGCGGCCAAGAGGAAGAAGAAGCAGAGGAGGAACCGCACCACCUUCAACAGCAGCCAGCUGCAGGCGCUGGAGAGGGUGUUCGAGAGGACUCACUACCCUGACGCCUUCGUGCGGGAGGAGCUGGCCCGGAGGGUGAACCUCAGCGAGGCAAGGGUCCAGGUCUGGUUCCAGAACCGCCGCGCCAAGUUCCGCCGCAACGAGCGAGCGAUGCUGGCCAACAGAUCGGCUUCACUGCUCAAGUCCUACAGCCAGGAGGCAGCCAUCGAGCAGCCCAUGGCACCACGACCCACCACGCUCAGCCCAGAGUACCUCUCCUGGACCAGCACCUCCCCAUACAGCACUGUGCCCUCCUACAGCUCCAGUGGGACUGCAACCCCCACCCAAGGGGUCAACAUGGCCAACAGCAUCGCCAGCCUGCGCCUCAAAGCCAAAGAGUUCAGCCUGCACCAGAACCAGGUGCCCACCGUGAACUGAGCAGGGCAAAGCCCACCCCAUGGCCUCACCCAGGGCACAGAGUGGAGCUCCUGUGCCAGCCCAGGACAAACCCACCACCUGCACACCCCACUGCCACUCAUCCAGCAUCUCUGCACCUCUCCUCUCCUCCUCCCUUUUGAAGGUAGAGUCAGUGCCAAGCCCAGGUGGCACAGCAGUCCCAGCCCCACCUGCAGCAGCUGGGUCAGAGCCCCCCUUGCCCACAGGCCCCGAGCUAUAUUUACACACAGGGACCCCCUGCCAGGGCAGGCACUUGCCAAGGAACAGGAAUUUGCUUCCAAACAUGGAAGGAUCUUGGACUAUUGGAUUUGACCAAUUUGGGUAUCUUGCCCAGAGAGCCAAAGAGUCACUGAGGCUUCUCCUCCCACCGGGGCAGCAGGGCACUGGGGGCACCACGAGCCUCCUCCCUGCUGCCACUCAUGGUGCUCAACCACACCUUCCCCUCUUGCUGCAUCCUCAGCCAAGGUGCUUGGGGGAGGCCUUGGGAAGCUGAUGGUUUCCUCCUGCCACGGCUGGACCCAGCCAGAGUUCAGGAGAUGCCCACAUAAGUGGCAUUGUCCCUUCCCAGAGGGGUGAGGAGGGCUGGAGCACCCUGACAGCCUCACUCAGAGCCUGUGAGCUCUCCCACAAGCUUUGGGGAGCAUGCCCAGUCCCCACAGGGGGGGCUGCAGUGACUCUGCAGAGCCCUAAGGUCAUUGAAGCCUCCCAGGGAAGGAGGAAAUUGGAACAAGCUGCAGGGCUGGAGCUGAGCAGGCAGCUCCCAGCACCCUGUGCCAAGGCACUGCCUGUGGGCAAAGCCCCCUGGAAACCAGACCACCCUCUCCUCACCCAGUGCAGAGAGCCACCAGCAAAGUGCAGGGACACCAGCAGCUCAGGAGGGUGGAGAAGACAUCAUUCAGCUCACCUGGAAGGGUUCAGCCCCACUGGGGCCUGCAGCAGGAGAUCCAAGCAAGUGAUGCAAGGACAAACACAGCACUGGCUGAGAAGCUUCCUCCAGACAAAGAUCCUCCAGAGUGUGACACCAAGGCUGGAAGUGUCUCACCCACACAUGUCCUGAGUCCCCACCACUCCCAGGACCAUCCUCUCCCUUCCCAGCCCCUCCAUCCCACCCUCCUCCUCUGGCACAGGGCAUGGAACAGGCACAG